CUGUGCAUGUGUUUGUGUGUUCCUGAAAUGGGAGUGUUCUCUGGCAGAACUAUUCCCCCUUCUGUCAUUCUUUUUUUUAAGUGAAUCUCUGAACUAAACACAGAGAGGCUUAAAGCUGGAGUUUGUUGUUGGACGAGCAUGGAUUUAAUGGAAUUGUUUUUCAUUUCUCUUGGUGCAGCAGUUGUUGUCUACUAUGGAGUGAAACUGCUGCUUUUCAGUAGGAUGCUUUUUCCAAAACUAUGGUUUCCACUGUCAAAGUUCUUUUUCACGUCCAUGGGAGAGUGGGCAGUGGUGACUGGUGCUUCAGAAGGCAUAGGAAGAGCAUAUGCAUUUAUGCUUGCUGAGCAAGGAAUGAACGUCGUAAUUAUGAGUAGAACUACAGUAACACUGGACCAGGUGGCCAAGGAGAUUGGCGAUACCACAGGACAGAAGGUGAAAGUGAUAGCAACAGACUUCAUAAAGGAAAAUGUCUUCAGUGAAAUUGAGGAGCAGCUUAGGGACCUCAACAUUGGGGUUUUAGUCAAUAAUGUAGGUGUUCUGCCCAGCUUCAUCCCCUGCCAAUUCCUAGAGUGUGCAGAGCUGGACCAGACCGUUACAAAAGUGAUAAACUGCAACGUGAAAACUAUGGCCAAGAUGUGCAAAAUAAUCCUUCCAGGAAUGGAGAACAGGGGAAAAGGGGUGAUUGUGAAUAUUUCGUCUGGAAUUGCCACUAUUCCAUUCCCCUUGUACACCCUUUAUGCUGCAUCUAAGGUGUUUGUGGAAAGAUUUUCUCAAGGUCUUCAAGCUGAAUACAAAGAUAAAGGGAUUAUUAUACAGACAGUGGCUCCAUUUGGUGUCUCCACUCGACUAUCAGGUUAUCAGCCGAUUAACAUGGUGACACUAUCCCCAGAAGACUUUGUUAAAUACUCCUUGCAGUACAUCAGAGCCGGAGACAAAACAAAUGGCAGUGUCUGUCACAUAGUUCUGGGCUGGAUACUGCAGUCUAUCCCUCUCAAGGUUCUCCAUGGAGAGCUUGUGCUAAACAGCCUACAGGACUAUGUCAAGAAAAAAACAACACAGCGCAAACUUUGAAAAUGGUAGGAAUAAAUAACCAGGAACAGCAAUCUGAAGACAUUUGGCUUACAUAUUUCAUACUUUAAAUAAAAUUAUGAUUAUGGAACUGGUGUUGACCAAACUUUUGCUAGUAUAUUGUGUUACGUUGUGGAUAAGCCGGCCUCAGAAGAGCACCUUCAUUAAUUGUUUUAUGUUCUUCAGUUCUUAAUAUUCAGAGGGAUUGAUAGGCCACAUCAGUUUUUUGUUAUUUUAAAAAAAUGUUCAACUUCCAUAUCUUUCUUUACAUCUCUGCUUUAUUCCAAAUAUACUGAGCCUACUCUCACAAUAGAGACACAUAAACUCAGUGUCUGCUUUAUCAGGUACACCUGUAAAAUCUAAUGCAAUCCAUAAAGGCUACUUAUACUGUUAAGUAUAAAUUCAUAGUCACCACUCUUGACUAUGAAUUUAGUAAUAAACAUAUAAGUGGACUUUUCCAACAAUGUCACCAAUAAAUGAACAUUAUGAGCUUCGUAGUGGUAUAAUGUAUGACAGGGCUGUUGCAAUAGAUUGUAGAGAAGUGUACCUAAUCAAGUGGCCACCAAGUGUAAAUGUAUUGCCAUUAAGGGGCUUUUUUUCAAUCAAUUUGCCCAUUUCAUUGUAAGAUUUGACAUUAAUAAUUUGUUGUCUAUUUGUUGCCCUUUCUGAUUUAGUGUAUACAGUAUUUCAUUUUAUAUGUUCCAUUGCAAACCACUUUUCAAUGAUGAUGAAUUCUGAGUUUACUUUUUCAGCAAAUGUAUGAAACAAAGGCCAUAUCUUGACAUUCCUUUCACAUAGCCACAUCAGAUUAAAAAAACUAAAAGAAAAACAUCAUACCUUUACUACCAUAAACACCUUUAACCACACAGCUGGCACUCCCAGUACAUUUUUAGACUGCGUGUGUGUGUGUGUGUGUGUGUGUGUAUGUGUUUAUACCCAGUCCCCCAUAGUCUCGUAAAGGAACAUGAUAAUGAGUGUGGCGUCUUAUCUGUAAACUGAACUGUCCUGUUCUGUUAUUCACCCCCCUACACACACACACGCACGCACACGCGCACACACAUAAACACACCUGCAACUCUCAUUAGCAUCCUCCUUUCCCCUCUGUGAACAUUUGAUCAGAUGAGUACACCACCAGACAAUUUCAGGUGUCAGUCACCGUUCUGAUAUCCACAAAACCAGUUGGGGUUGGAAGAGGACUGAUGAGCUUCUACGUGGUUCCUGAGAAAUGAGAAUACACUGGAGACCUGUGUUUGAUAGCCUGCUGCUUACAGGAUGAUGUACAGUGUUUAAAACAUGCACAAACGUUCCCUCAUCUGUGCACGUACAUAUGCAUUAGCAGACACACAUAACCGUUUGAAUUAGUAUGUGCUACUGAGAUGUCUGACCUAAAAGAAUCACUAAUCAUGGGGUGACCAGGCUGUUUUGGCAGCUGUGAUGAAUGAUCCUCCCCAUGAGAGAUAGUGCAGGGAAUAAGAAAAGUGGCUUUGGAGAGAGAGAGAGAGUGAGUAAAGAGGUCAGAGUGACCUUAAUGAUCCGUGCCUGGCCGGACUUUUUGCAACUCAUCCACACUUGAGAAUAGCCUAACACUUUUACAACAAUUAAAACACCAUUGUACCAGAAAAAGAAGAUUAUAAAAGACCAUCAUAUCAAAGCAGAUAUAUAGUGAUAUUGUGUUUGAUUUUGCCAGCUUUAAAGGCCUACUAAGGUAAGUAUAGUAGGCCUAUAACUUAUGGUUUUUGUACUAUGGAAUUGUCAGCUAUUAUAUUUGUUCUUCCUUAGGCAGGGUAACUUUGGGAUACUUUGAGAUACUCUGAUGUAUUCUUUAAUUGUAUGUCUCUUGGUAAAUCUCUGAAUUUACUUUUGUAUAUUCUUUUAAACUGAUGAAUGUGAUUGAUGAAAAAAAUGAUGAAUAUCUUCGGAUCCAGUUUCAUUUGAUUGUGUUUUAAGAUUGGAAACAUAAUGUUGUUCCACCCUGUCUGACAUAUUCACAAAGAUGUAUGUUAUCUUGUAAUGUCAUGAUUCAUUUAAUUUCAAACCCAAGCCUUCUUUGUUAUUGCUGCACAGUUUCAUUAAAUGGUAAAUUAUC